UCUCUCCUCGCACCCCUCCGCUCUCCCCUCGGCUGCAGCCCCAGCCCGGCCCGCCAGCUGGGCUGGCAGGAGGGCGGCGGCGGCGGCGGCACCAUGAGCUUUGAGGGCGGCCACAGCGGCGGUCGGCGCCGCGGGGCGCAGAGCGGGGACCCCGAGCCGCCCCCGCCCCCGCCGCCGCCGCCGCCCCCGGGAGAGCCGGCCUCGGCCCCCGCGCCCCCACGCUACCCGCCACCGCUGCCCGCGCCGCCCGCGUCCCCCGAGCGCGCCGCGGUGCUAGACGAGCAGCCGGCGGAGCGGGUCCCGCGGCGCCGGGGCUCGGACGAGCUGCCGCCGCCGCCGCCUCCAGCGCCCCUGCCGCCCGCCGGCCAGGAGGGUCCGGCGGCCGGCGACUCCGGGGAAGGUCCGCGGCGCCUUCCCGAGGCGGCGGUCCCCGAGGCGGCGGCGGGGAAGGGCGUCCCCGGAGAGCCUGAGGCCGGCGCGGGCGGGGAGGGCGAGCGGCGGGGCGCCGGCGACCAGCCCGAGACGCGCUCGGUGUGUAGCAGCCGCAGCAGCAGCAGCGGCGCUGGCGACCAGCGCUCCGGGCACCAGCACCAGCACCACCAGCCCAUCUGCAAGAUCUGCUUCCAGGGCGCCGAGCAGGGGGAGCUGUUAAAUCCCUGCCGAUGUGAUGGAUCCGUUCGGUACACACAUCAGCUGUGUCUGCUGAAGUGGAUCAGUGAGAGAGGUUCCUGGACUUGUGAGCUCUGCUGUUACCGAUACCAUGUCAUAGCCAUUAAAAUGAAACAGCCUUGCCAGUGGCAAAGCAUUUCUAUAACACUGGUUGAGAAAGUUCAGAUGAUUGCUGUAAUCCUAGGAUCCCUGUUCUUAAUAGCAAGUGUGACCUGGCUCCUCUGGUCAGCCUUCAGCCCCUAUGCAGUUUGGCAGAGGAAGGACAUCCUUUUUCAAAUCUGCUAUGGAAUGUAUGGUUUUAUGGAUCUAGUGUGCAUAGGUCUCAUUGUCCAUGAAGGAGCUGCAGUUUACAGAGUGUUUAAGCGCUGGCGGGCUGUUAACUUACACUGGGAUGUAUUAAAUUAUGAUAAAGCUACAGACAUUGAAGAAAGUAGCCGGGGAGAGUCUUCCACAAGCAGGACUUUAUGGUUGCCACUGACGGCCCUACGGAACAGGAAUUUGGUCCACCCAACGCAGUUAACCUCCCCCAGGUUUCAGUGUGGCUACGUGUUACUCCAUCUGUUCAACCGGAUGAGGCCCCAUGAAGAUCUGUCCGAAGAUAACAGCUCAGGGGAGGUUGUGAUGAGAGUGACUUCUGUGUGACAGAAGUGUAAGACAGCAUGGUGGAAGCCACCCUGCAUAUCUUGGAAUGUAAUUGCAAUGAAUGGUGAAACCAUAGCACUUCUAAAAA